CAGGUAUUUUGUCAUUCGAAAGUUCUGACAAGUGAAAAACCCCCCAGGAUAAGAUUUUACAUCAACGAAAAGCUUAAGCCAACCGAAGAAGGCCCCAGGAUAAGAUUUUACAUCAACGAAAAGCUUAAGCCAACUGAAGAAGGCCCCACUGUUGAAACUCGAACAAAACCCUUGGUCCGGAGACUGCUGCUCACCAACCCUUGGGAGCGGGAGAAACCUAACCGCGACGGUAAACUGAACGGAAAGUCGACUCAAACCGAGAAGAAUUUGAUGCACAAAACGCUGGGUACGGGGUUCGUACGACGGGUCAUGUAUGAUACUCACGACGAGAUGACCAGUACGCUGAGUACGGAGCUGGUUCGAUGGGUCCCAUCUGAUACUCACGAAGAGAUGGAACAGCGGCGACGGUUUGAGAAGGCCCCAGAAGUUCGGAUUGUAAAAUAUGUGGAAAGCCAUAUCUCGGACAUCACGCUUUUGGAGCGGCGGGUUCGUGGGAUUCAAAACGUGAUAUCCCGGCAGGUGGAACAGCUGGAACAGCUGGAACAGCUGGCGCGCAUCCGUGUGAAGCAUAUGUUCAACCGUGCGGCGCAUCUCAUUAGGCGGACUGAUGAAUUGCUAUCCGAGGCGACAUUGGCUGCAUCACAGUAUCGCCGAGCAUGGAUCAAGCGGCUUAUAAGCUCCACGAAGCACGUGCAGAGACGAAGCGAAGCUGAGACAUACGAGCUUCAAGCGGAAUUACUCAAGAUCUUUAUUUCAAUAUCCGCUCUGUCUCCCGAAAUCCUCAAUACUGAGAUCGACAGCAUCUCCAGGCGCAUCUACCAAGCCCAGGACGAUGUCAACGCCGUGCUCAGCGGCAUCAACUUCCGCGCCAAACUCGCCGCCGCAACGAACAACUCGGCCAUCGAUGUGUAUUUCCUUCACACGAUUCUGCGCAAGCGCCUGAACGAUUCGGCCCGCCGUAGGUUGACCGUGAGGGGCAAUCGAAGGACGAUACUCAACAAAUUGAACGAACUGGCCCGUCGAAGGAUGAUGCUCAACAAAUUGGACGAACUGGGCCAGUUCAACAACAAUUUGUUUGUCUACUUCAAGGCGCCGACACCUAGCUUUAUCAAGGACAAGCUGGAAAAGUUACAGGUACGGCUCACGGCUAAAGAGGCAGAUAGACAGCUGCGCGGGAUGGGUGGGGAGAUUCGGAGCGUGGAUGAAUUGCUACAGGACGAGGGCCCGCCGAUAUACUGGGAUGGGCGUAGGAUACGGAGAGUUGGAUAUAUGCCUGACCGUAGGAUUAUCUAUUACCGCUCCACGCCGCCGGCCAUGGACACGCAAAUGGGUGCGGAGCUUGAGCGAGGACGAGGGCAGUUGGGGAAGAUUGGAGGAGAAAAGCAGAGGAAGAGGAGUGUGAGGAUGAGGAAGAGGGAGGCGAAGAAGGAGUUAUGGGAAGAGAUUAGUAGCUGGUUGUCUUGAGAUGGACGCUCUAUACCCAAUAGACUGUACUAUUAGAUCUAAA